AAGUGUCAAGUGUCGUCUUUCAGGAAAACAAAUCCACACGAAAUUCGUAUUUUAGAAACCUAUUUUUAGUUUAGAGAGUUUAUUAUAUUUCAUAUCGUUUUAAUAAUUGCGUUAUAAUACGUCACAAUGGGAAGGAAAUCACAUUCAAAGCAAUCUGCUAAGAAAAGCUCUGGGAAAGAAAAUAAUAAAUUAAGUCAGAAUAUUCGUAAAGAGCUUGCGGUGUACGUGGAUAAGUUGCUUAAAUUAACAAGCGUGUUCCAAACUACGGUGAAUUUAACGAAGAGUUGGGAGCAUCACAAUGACAUUGAGGCGAUUCUGGGAGAAAUUAGGAAUAUUGAGUACCCACUUAACAGCCUCAAGGUAUCAAAGUCACGCCAGUCACGCAAAGACAACUUCUUUAGCUGGCUGAGCGAAAAUGGGGCGGCAUUUGAAGGCAUUGACAUCCAAGAGUUUGAAGGCUAUGAUCUUGGCCUGGUAGCAAAGAAGGAGUUUAAAGAAGGCUCGCUGGUGCUGACGGUGCCUCGGAAGCUGAUGAUGACCGAACAGAAUGCCCGGGACUCCACCCUGUCUGAGUUCAUAGCCGUAGACCCGUUGCUUCAGAACAUGCCAAAUAUAACAUUGGCAUUGUUUUUGUUACUUGAGAAGAAUAAUGCAGAAUCAUUCUGGAGACCUUACAUUGAUGUGUUGCCUGAGAAGUAUUCUACAGUUCUAUACUUUAGCCCAGAAGAACUACUGGAAUUGAAGCCAUCUCCAGUCUUCGAGUCAUCACUGAAGUUAUAUAGGAGCAUCGCCAGACAGUAUGCCUACUUCUAUAACAAGAUUCAUACAUUAGACUUGCCAGUCUUCAAAAGUCUCCAAGAAAUAUUUACGUAUGAGAACUACAGAUGGGCGGUAUCUACGGUAAUGACUCGUCAGAACAACUUAGAGCAGUCAAGCACGGACACGACCGCCUUCAUACCGCUCUGGGACAUGUGCAACCACGAGCAUGGCAAGAUAACAACAGAUUUCAACAAGGAGCUGAACCGAGGCGAAUGCUACGCGUUACGGGAUUUUAAGCCGGGGGAACAAAUCUUCAUCUUCUACGGGGCUAGGCCUAACGCUGACCUAUUUCUACAUAACUGUUUCGUGUACCCAGACAAUCAGCAUGACAGCCUCUCCCUUGCUCUCGGUGUUAGUUCAAGCGACCCUCACCGGGACACAAGAGUAGCCCUACUGAGCAGAUUGGGUCUCGCUGGUGUCACCCACUAUAGCUUGUACCGAGGAGACAGCCCCAUCAGCGCCGAGCUACUGGCUUUCAUUAGGAUAUUCAAUAUGAAUCAAGACGAACUGACAAAAUGGUCGGACCACGGCCUACCCGGCGACCUGGUCUCCACUGAAGCGAGCAGUGCGGAGGCGGUGGGCGCGGCGCUCGACCGGCGCGCGUACACGUACCUGCUCACCCGCUGCGGACUCAUAAAGGCCAUGUACAAGCAGAGAGAUACCAACGAUACUACACAUACCAAAAACAUCAAGCUGCUGAAACAAUGUGAAGUACAUAUCUUGGACGGUACCAUAAAGUACUUGGAAACCGAACUACAGAAGCUACCCGCCGCCGACAACUGAGACCGGUACAUAUCAACAAUGUUUUUAAGGUACCUCACGUGCAAUCCUUAUUUUUAAAUGUUUAUUUAUAAGUCUCGGAAAUUUAAGUCAUUUUGAAAACAUAACCAUAAUUUAGGACCCAUUUAUGAGUCGAAAAUGUUCGUUAACAUUCUGCGGACGCCAUUAUAAGGAUGUCUUAUGUUGUACGGAACACGGUUGUUUUUAAAAUGACGGGCGUUUUUCCGAGUCUUGAUAAUGAGACAAGUAAGCGGUACAGACCGUUAAUCGUUACAACGACACUUAAUUGUGAGCUCCUUUGGUCAUUGUUAAAUUCCGUCUACGUCAAUAUUCUGCGUCGACUUGGCGAUGGCAAAACAGAAUGAAAGCGGCAACAAAAACGUCAAAUUAUCAUUAUAUUUUUCACCCUAGAUUGUCUAGGUAAUAAAAGUGAUUCUAGUAACUAUGUAAAACAAAAUCAAAUGAGGCGCCAUCUCCAAAAAUUUAUAUUUUUCGCUUUUCGAGUUCUCUUAGAUCUUUGUAAAGUCCAUCUAAGUCAAGCUUGCAAUAAUAUAGGUAUGGCAAACGACAGUGUGUGGAAACAUCAUAUGACUUGAUAUUUUCUAAUGGGCCUUAUUACCUAGGUUAUAAGAAAGACUUGAUAGUGACUAACUAGAGCUAUAAAAAUCAAGUAAGAAGCCAUCUACGACAAUGAUGCACACGGCUCUACGGAGAAUUGGAGAUGAAUUGUCUGUAUUAUUUAUUUGUCUCUCCUUUUGUGCACAAAAAGUACGAUAAAGGGUAUUUUAAAAACAUUGCUGAUAUAAAUAGUAAAAUACAACGAUGGACCCUACAUGAUCCUUGACACCAUUUUAUGAUAAAGUUAAUGAUAAGUAUGAAUCAUUAUCGCUACAGUCAGUGGAGGCAGGCAUGGCUCACUCCGCGAUUUUGUCGCGUCGCUACGAGUACAUGCGGCCCACACCAAUUUUGGUGUCUAGCCAUAGUAGUUGCCGCGCACCGCUACGGAACGGACGCCUGCUCGCGCUUGCGCCACCUAGCGGUCAUAUCUGUCGUAAUAGACGGGUUUUGUUAGAGAGUGAACCUUCUGUAACAAGUACUAUUAUUUAUUCUGUGGUGGAGGCAAGUACGCCUUUUGUAUUUUGAAAGUAGGUGCAGUUAUCUCAUUUGAUCUAGUUUAUACAAUAGCCGAGCAGUCCCAUCGCAUAAGGAAGGCCAUUUUAUGCUGUGUAACUUCCGUCAUUCACUUUAAUAUAGCUUUCGUCCGGUCAAUGUAAUUCAUUAUUAUAAAAUAAAUGUUAUUUGAUAUGAUCUAUACGAAUAUUAUUCAGAUCAAGUCAAAUUGUACUCUCUUGCAAACAAAUUUAACAUCUUAUAUUAUAAGCAUAAAAUAUGUCGUGUAAUGAAAAAUCAAUUAUGAAUUAUGAACAAAUGAUGACAGUCUUUUAACACUUUAAAUGUAUUUUUAAGGGCAUUGUUUUGUGCAACGAAUAAACCUUUAGGGCCACUUGCACCAUCCCACUAAUCCGGGGUUACCAUGGUUACCAAUACAAUUUGACACUGGGUUAACGGUUUAACCACAACCCCGGGUUAGUGGAUGGUGCAAGUGGGCCUUACUCUUACACGGUGGGUAUAACAAAAGAAAAAAACAUUAAUCUGUGCCUUUGAGGGGCAUAUGUUUUUAAAGUGGUUUUAAGAACUUCUAAUUAUAGUCUGUCAAGCCAUUUCCGUCAAUAGAAAAAAGCGGCAAACUAAAGAGAUGUAGGCGCUGUAGUGAUAAAGUUGUUAGAGCAGCUAUAUAUAUUUUUAUACAUAUAAAUGCGAUUUAUUAUGUUGCUCGUGUAAGGAAUUUCAUUGUGAUUUCUCUUUUGUGUGCAUUUUCUAUGUUGUUUUUGUUAUAAAUCAUGUCAUGUACUUACAAACGUAUUUUAUUAUACUUUGUGUUGUUGAAA